ACUGUUUUGGACAGUUUUCUUAGUUAGGAUUUAUGUUUGUGACACAGGAAAUAAUAGAUUCCCUCAAGUGUGUUUGUGAGCAUCACAGUAACAUUGAGUAAAGUGAUGGAGGGCACGGUAACAUGUUUUCCUUGUGUAACGGCAAAAGUCCUCCUCCUCCUCCUCCUCCUCUCCUAUGGGCGUUGAUUCAGAAACUUCCUCUCUGUUUUUAAACGUGCGGUGGAUUUCAUUAUUCAUUCUGUCUCAGCCGGUCACCGGGAGCAAAAUGACGACAUACACUGACAAAGGUGAAAAGCACGAGCAGGGCAGAUUCCUCUGCUUUGAUCAUUUAACCUUCUGGGUUGGAAAUGCCAAACAGGCGGCGUCGUAUUACUGCAGCAGGCUGGGCUUCGAGCCUUUGGCUUACCAGGGUUUGGAGACGGGAAGUCGUGACGUGGUCUCACAUGUGGUCAAACAAGACAAGAUCAUUUACGUCUUCUCAUCGGCCCUCAAUCCUGGAAACAAAGAGAUGGGAGAUCAUUUGGUCAAACAUGGGGACGGAGUGAAGGACAUCGCCUUCACAGUGGAGGACCUGGACUACCUUGUGCAGAAAGCCAGUGAGCGCGGCGCGGUCAUCGUGAAGGAGCCGCACACUGUCGAGGACAAACAUGGCAAAGUCAGACUCGCUGUGCUUCAAACAUAUGGCGACACGACGCACACGCUCGUGGAGAGGACAGGAUACACCGGCUUAUUCUUGCCAGGGUUCAAUCCCUCUCCGGUCAAGGAUCCUCUACUGGCCAAACUUCCGAGUGGAAAGCUCAACUUCAUCGAUCACGUCGUGGGAAACCAAGCGGAUGACGAGAUGGUUCCUGUGGUGGAAUGGUAUCAGAGGAACCUUCUCUUCCAUCGCUUUUGGUCGGUGGACGACAAGCAGCUCCAGACCGAGUUCAGCGCAUUGCGCUCCAUCGUGGUGGCAAACUACGAGGAGACUGUGAAGAUGCCCAUCAACGAGCCGGCCAUCGGGAAGAGGAAGUCUCAGAUCCAGGAGUACGUGGAGUACUAUGGAGGCGCAGGAGUGCAGCACAUAGCCAUGAACACCUCAGACAUAGUCACUGCAAUUCGCAACCUGAAGGAGCGCGGGAUGGACUUCAUGUGUGUGCCGGACACUUACUAUGAGCAGCUGAGGGAGCAGCUGAGACACUCAAAGGUCAAGAUCACGGAGAACCUGGACACGCUGCAGGAACUGAAUAUCUUGGUGGACUUCGACGACAAUGGCUACUUACUUCAGAUCUUCACCAAGCCAGUGCAGGAUCGGCCCACUGUGUUCUUGGAGGUCAUUCAGAGACACAACCAUCAGGGCUUCGGUGCGGGGAACUUCAAAUCUCUCUUUCAGGCGAUAGAAGCCGAUCAACACGCCAGAGGGAACCUGACGGCCCUGACGCCAAACGGACUGUCACAGAACAUUUGAACGCCUGACGUCUGACGUUCAUGAUACUGUGACUG